AUGAUUAACACCACAAAUCCUUACGUACUAUAAAGACACUUAAUAUUAGGAAAAAAUCCCAGUUAAAGUGUUCAAUAACUAAAGAUGCGCUUCAGUGUGGAUAGCUGGAGAGAUAGCACAAAUUAUCAAGUAGAAAUAGGCUUAGCAGCUCCCGUGUGUUUUGGGUUUAGCUACUGGAUCAACUCCAAUAUAGGUCUACAAGGAGCUAGUUAGAUUGCAUAAGGAGGAGGGACUAUCAUUUUAGAACGUGAUAACAUUCAAUUUGGAUGAAUAUUUCCCAAUUCCUAAGGUAGCUGUGGUGUAUAUAUGUAAUUGUAGGAAUCUCUCCAUUCAUAUUACCAUUUCAUGCACGAAAAUCUCUUCAAUCAUGUGGACAUUCAGAAGGAGAACAUCCACAUUCCAGACGGAACCUUAAUUAGGGAGUAGAUUGAGGACUUUUGUUAAUACUACGAAAAUUUGAUAUUGGAGAAGGGGGGAUUGGACUUUUAGCUGUUGGGCAUUGGAAGCACUGGUAAAUGUUUUGACAAUAAAUUUAGGACAUAUUGGAUUUAAUGAGCCAGGAUCUUCGGUGAAUAGCAAAACUAGAUUGAUCACUUUGGAUAGGAAAACAAGAGCAGAUGCUUCGUCUUCAUUUUAUGGGAUUGAAAAUGUUCCCAAAUACGCAAUAACAAUGGGCAUUGGAACAAUUUUAUAAGCAAAGAAGAUUAUCAUAGCUGCAUUCACAGAGGGAAAACAAAAGAUAGCAUCUACUGUGAUUGAAGGUUAACUUUCAUCAUAGUAUCCUGCAACAUUCUUGUAGAAUCACAAGAACGCAUUGUUUGUUUUGGAGAGAGCAUCAGCUUAAGGAUUGACCAGAUAUCAAGCUCCUUGGUUGUUGGAGGCUUAAGGGUUGAAGGGUGAAUUGUAAAUAAAGUACGAUUUGAGUACAGCAAAGAAGGGAGUGAUAUGGUUGAGUUAGAAAGUGGGAAAGCCAAUAUUGAGAUUGUAGUAGGAGGAUUACGAGGACAAUGGAUUGUUGGAGUUGAUCACCUAGGUUGGAUAAGGAAAUUGCGGAAUAGUGAAUUUGACAGUGUUUAAGGAGUUGUCAUAGAUGUACGCAGAUUAAUAUAAUAUGUAGAAUUACUGGAUGGCCAGCAGGAGGAAGACCUGACAAAUUGCCAGAGUCAUACUUUACUUAGAAGAAGGCAAUCAGUAAAUAGAAGAUAAUAAUAUUUUCACCACAUCCAGAUGAUGAUGUAAUUUGUAUGGGUGGAACAAUGAAGAAACUAACUAAUUAAGGUCAUGAGGUCCAUGUAGUAUAUAUGGUGAGUGGGAAUUUGGCAGUGUUUGAUUUUGAUGCUCUGAGAUUUGCGGAUGUUUUGAAGGAGACCUCCAAAAUGAUUGGUGGGAGUGGGGAAGAAUUCUAUGAGAAGGUGAAGAAGUAGAUAAAGGAUAAGAAACCUGGAGAAGUAGAUGGUCCAGAUCUGGCCUAUGUUAAGACGAUAAUCAGAAGAACUGAAGCGAGAAGUGCUGCAUUGUGCACAGGAGUGGAGGAAUAGAAUAUUCAUUUCUUGGAUUUGCCAUUUUAUGAGACUGGUAAGUCAUAGAAGAAACCCCUUGGUGAGGAAGAUAAGAAGAUAGUGAAGGAUAUAAUAUUGAAGAUUCAACCAGAGUAUAUUUAUGCCGCUGGAGAUUUGACUGAUCCACAUGGAACUCAUAGAGUGUGUUUGGAAUCUAUCUUGGCAGUGUUGCCAUAAGUAAAGGAACAAUUACCUAAUUUGACUACUCUCUUGUAUAGAGGUGCUUGGUAGGAGUGGGAAUUGGAUAAGGUAACGAUGGCAGUACCAUUGUCACCUGAUGAGUUGUACGAGAAGAGGAUUGCAAUAUUCAAACAUCAGAGUCAAAAGGAUAGGCCAAUGUUCCCAGGGUCUGAUAGUAGAGAAUUCUGGUAACGAUCGGAGGCUAGAAAUAAGGAGACUGCAAGGUAAUAGUUGAAAUUAAGGUAGAUUGUUCACAAACUUGGGAUUCGUUAAUUAUGAGGCAUUGGAAUGCUUUGUUUCUUUGGAUGUGUUGCUUGUGUUGGGAGAGUUGUGAGAGAG